AUGAUUUCUGAGGCACCUAAAACUCAUUUUAUCAAUGACGAUUCAAAUUAUACAGGGAGAAGUGCAAUCUCAAAGGAAGAGUGGAUUAAUGAAGUCCUAAAAAAACCAAAGGAUGUAUUUAAAAGCAGACAGAUUUAUUAUUCUUCCAUAAGCGAUGGUAAAAUAACUGCCAAGCUCAGUAAGCCUAGGCCACUGAAUACUGAUACUGCAGUAUUACAUAAAGCAAAAUCAAUUAAAUGGCCUCUAAAUUUCGAAAUAAUACGUGAACGUAUAGUUCAUAUAAAUCAACCACCCCCUGGAAGAGAACGAUUAUACCAACCGACUGGUAAGGAAUAUCAACCAACAGUGUCGAGUGAUGAUACCAACAGUACAGUUGUCUUUCAAUAUGAACCAAUGGUUGGAAAAUUUUUUACAACAUCUAAAAUUAAUGGAAACUCUGGAAAUCAACCAAUACAUCCUUCAAUUGAUUCAAAAUUCUUAAAGUUUGAAUCACGUUUCGAAUGUGGUAAUUUAUCAAAAGCAAUAUGCACUGGUCCUUAUGAGUAUGAACUGCAUUUGAGACCAGAUUUAUAUACAAAAAAGUAUACACAAUGGUUUUACUUCAGUGUACAAAAUACACAGAAUACUGAUGGUUAUAGAUUUACAAUUGUAAAUUUCUAUAAGUCUACUAGUUUAUUUGGUCAAGGUAUGAGACCGCUAAUGUACAGUGAAAAGAUGGCCAGACUAACUGGUAUCGGUUGGAGACGUGUUGGCAGUGAUAUUAGUUAUUAUCAAACGAAAUUUACUGAACCUACAGAAAAUGGUUUAUCAUCCAUGAGAAAAUUUUUAUCAAAUUCUAAACGAUCCACAUGUUCAUUAACUUGGAAAUUUAAUUUUCCUUAUCCAAAUGAUAUUGUCUACUUUGCUGCAUGUUAUCCUUACACCUAUACACAAUUACAAGAGUAUUUAAAUGAAUUGGCGAUGAAUUCAAAGAUAAGAAGAAUAUGCCAACAGACAACACUGUGUUAUACACUGGCUAAUAAUCCUGUUCCUUUGUUGACCAUUACAGAACCAUGCAAUAAUGAACAGUACACUAAUAAUAAAUCAGAAUCGACAGUUCAAACACAAUCUGCAGACGAUCAGUCAGUGAAUAAGAAACGUUGUGUUGUUAUUACAGCACGUGUACAUCCUGGUGAAACACAAGGAAGUUGGAUGAUGAAAGGUUUAAUUGAAUUUCUGAUAAGCGAAGAUCCAGAUGCAAAGAUAUUACGAUCAAAUUUUGUAUUCAAAUUAGUGCCAAUGUUAAAUCCUGAUGGAGUUAUUGUUGGCAAUUAUCGUUGCUCUUUAUCAGGUUGUGAUUUAAAUCGAAAGUAUACAUCGAAUUUGAAAAAAUUCUUUCCAACUAUCUGGCAUACUAAACAUAUGAUUAUUGAUAUCAUGAAACAGUAUGAAGUGGUCGUUUACUGUGAUCUACACGGGCAUAGUCGACAACAGCAAAUGUUUAUUUAUGGAUGUAAAGGUGAAACACCUGAACAACGUUAUUGUUCACGCAUUUUUCCAGCUAUGUUGGGCAAAAAUAUACCUGAAUUAUUUAACUUUGACAAGUGUAAAUUCUCUGUUCAAAAAGAAAAAGAAGGGACUGGACGAAUUGUAAUGUGGAGAGAGGGGAUUAUGAAUAGUUAUACCUUGGAGGCAACAUUUUGUGGUACAGCUGGUAAUGAUCUGGAAGCGGGUUAUCAUUUCAAUUCAUUCGAUUUUGAAAAAAUUGGAUCACAUUUCUGUGAUACCCUAUUGGAUUAUAUUGAUCCCGAUAAUCAGAAGAUAGAAUACAUCCAGCAGUAUUUAAGAGAUCGUGUUGUUUCAUCGAAAAAGUUGAAACCAAGUGGAUCUGAGGGAGAAGAAGAUGAUGACGAUGGACUUACUUCAGAUGAUUCAAUGAGUAAUAGCAGUGACACUGGUUCGGAUAGUUCUAAUUGUGAUGAACUGCCUGCAUAUUAUGCCUAUCUUUUACAAAAACCAAAGAAGAAAAUCAAGCGUAAAUCACGGACAUCAUCUUUGAAAAGCAGUGAAAAGGUUAAGCUGGUCAAUAAAAAGGUGACAGAACCUAAGAAGGAUAGUCGUACUGGUGGUCACUGUACGGUAUGUCAAAAGGGGAUAAAAUCUUCUGAAGAGUCUAUCAAACCAAGGAAACAAACAGAUGAAAAGGAAAGGAAUAUGCAUUACUGGAGACCACAAGAAGGCCAACAAAAUGGUUAUGUUUCAGAUGGGAUCAUUCCUUCUAGCAAGAAUCACAGCGAUGCUUUUUCAAGUCUUGAUAAAAGCCAAGAUCUGAUUUACCUCAAGCCAUAUUAUGAAACGAUGAAGAAAGUCGAUCAUGGCGAUCAUGUUACCAUGCGUCGAUAUUCAACAUCGUUGCAUGAAACAGUACACAGAGAUAGUACAUUUAGUACACACGAAAAGUUAUUACCAAGGGAGAAUCAGAGAUAUUCCUACCAGUUUGUUUGUCAAGAUUUGGAAAUACCAAAAAUAGACAUUGGUUCUGAAUGUUUCGUCGAGAGGUUAAUUCGUUUGAGAAGAGCAUCUUCAGCGCCUAGCGCCUAUUGUUUUAAGCAUAAUAAUACCAAUAAUAAAAGGCUUGAUUCGUGUCAUUAUAAAUUUAAUGGUCAUCAUGAUCAGUGGAAUAGAAAUGGGAAUAAAUCUGUGUCUGAUUCUGCUGGGACUGCUGCUGCGGUAGAGAAUGUUAAUGGUUAUAUUAGUGAAUCGUCUGGCUAUCGAUAUUCAGACAUACGCUCUAAAGGUCAAUUACGUGAAUCGGAUAUCUUUGCUAACAAGAAUCACUACAGAAAUGAGCAAUCUCAUGUCAGUUCGACUGAAAAUAGACAUCCAUUGACAAACAAAUCAGGCAACUCAAAUCUUCUCUUUGGGAACAAACCUUAUUCUUCUUCUCCGUCAUCAGGACUUUUAAAUCCUCUGAUGUCAAACACUACUCAUUUUAAACAAAAUACCCUGAAACCUAAUGGAUAUAAGAAGGAUUCAAGAGAACAGCCAGAUGUAUCCAGGACAAAGGAAGUCAGUACAGCAUAUCAGCAUAUACGAAAAGCGUUUGGGAAAAUAGCUACUGCAAACAAUUCCAUUGGACAUUUCCCGCAUACUUCAGCGAUUUCGAGGUCGAAUUCUAUUUCAUCACAGAACUAUGGUAACAAUAUAAAGACACGUGUUGUGCAACGCUUAAGUUGUGGGCUAAAACUUCAGAGUAAAAAUACAUUGGAGGAGACCAUUUCACUGAAUGUUAAACCAAUACCCAUAUUACAGAAAAGAAAUCUAUAA